UCUUACCAUCACUACUUUAGGUUGGGUUGCACUUGAGGGAAAGAAAAAAAAAAAAAAAAGCUUGAAUCUAAUUUUUUGAAGAUGGAGGGUAAAGAAGAGGAUGUUAAGCUAGGAGCAAACAAGUUCUCAGAGAGACAACCUAUUGGGACAUCAGCCCAGACAGACAAGGACUACAAGGAGCCACCAGCAGCACCCUUCUUUGAGCCUGGUGAACUCAAAUCAUGGUCUUUUUACAGAGCUGGUAUUGCCGAGUUUGUAGCCACCUUCUUGUUCCUUUACAUCACCGUCUUGACUGUCAUGGGUGUGUCUCAGUCUAAAACCAAAUGUGCAACCGUUGGUAUUCAAGGCAUUGCUUGGGCUUUUGGUGGCAUGAUCUUUGCUCUUGUUUACUGUACUGCCGGCAUUUCAGGUGGUCAUAUUAACCCUGCUGUGACCUUUGGGUUGUUUCUAGCAAGGAAACUGUCACUUACAAGGGCAUUGUUCUAUAUGAUCAUGCAGUGCCUGGGUGCUAUCUGUGGAGCUGGUGUGGUGAAGGGAUUCCAAGGAGAUAACCGAUAUGAGAUGUUGGGUGGUGGAGCUAAUGUUGUAAACCAUGGCUACACUAAGGGUGAUGGUCUUGGUGCUGAGAUAAUUGGGACUUUUGUGCUUGUUUACACUGUUUUCUCUGCUACUGAUGCUAAGAGAAAUGCCAGAGACUCCCAUGUUCCUAUCUUGGCUCCACUUCCGAUUGGGUUUGCAGUGUUCUUGGUUCAUUUGGCCACCAUUCCCAUCACUGGAACUGGUAUUAACCCAGCAAGGAGUCUUGGAGCUGCCAUCAUAUACAACAAAGACCAUGCUUGGGAUGACCAUUGGGUGUUCUGGGUUGGACCCUUCAUUGGAGCUGCACUUGCUGCAGUUUACCACCAGAUAAUCAUUAGAGCUAUUCCAUUCAAGACCAGAGAUUGAAAUGAUUAAAUCUGUGUGUGUGUGGGUGUGGGGAUCUUCAUCUACUUUUUGUGCUCCUACUAGUCCUUUGUUGUGUUGAACUGCAUUUUGAAUUAUGGUGUUAAUGUGUGUAAAUUAUCCCUAGAGUUGUGCUGUAUUCAGCUUUUAUUAAUGGAGGAUUCUUUUAUGUA